GCAAUGAAAGAUUUAAAUUUUACUUUGGUAAUUGCUAAUGAAGAACGAAGAAAGAAUGACGAAAUAGCUUUAUCAGAAGAUCUUGCCGAAUUUGAAAAAUAUCUUAGUGCGAUUGAUAGUAAAGCUGACAAUAUUUAUGAAGAGGUAAAGUAUAUUAGGAAACAUCUUGACGAUAAAACAUUUCAUGGUGCAAAUAAGAUUGAUUCAAAAAGUCUAUUACUUCCUGCACGAGGGAAACCUGAUAAUAGACGUGGUAAAUUUCCUAAUUUUGUGGAGAAAAGAACUCUUAAUGGACAAGAAGUAGCAUGUAAAUUAACUUCAACGACUGACGAAGAAAUGGAAUCAAAUACAAGAGUGCAAGGACAUCUUGAAAUUUUAAUGAAAUUAUCGACAUGUAAUCAUAUUCUUAGAUUUUAUGGUGUCUCAAAAAUUGACGAAACUAAUGCCAUGGUUUUUGAAUGGGCUCAACGUGGAACAUUGAAAGAAUUAUAUGAAUUAAAGGAUAUUCAAUGGCAUUAUAAGGUUCAAAUUGCUCUUAAAAUUUGUCGCGGGCUUAUAUUUUUACAAAGUGCUGAAAUUUUACAUCAUGACCUGAGAUGUGAAAAUAUCUUGAUGACAGAAAGUUUAGAACCAAAAAUUUAUAACUUUAAGUUGGCACGUCAUACUUUCGACAAAACCACUACUUUAAAGGGAGAAAUUAACGACGCUGUACGUUGGUUAGCCCCUGAGAAAUUAAGCAACUAUAAGUCAAAAUAUACGACGCAAUGUGAAAUUUUUAGUUUUGGUGUUCUACUUUGGGAACUUGCUUUUGAAAAAAUUCCAUAUAGAAGUCUGGAAGUAGAUAAAAUUAGAGAUUUCGUGAUUAAAGGUGGUAGAGAAAGAAUUAAAUUUGGGAAUUCCACUUCUGAAAUUUCUAAACUUCAAGAAGCUUAUAAACAAAUUAUAGAUGACACUUGGAAGAAUAAUCCACAAGAACGUAUUUCCUUUUUGAAAGCAUUAGACAUGCUAGAAGAAUUAUAUAAUUCUAUCAAUCAUAUGUUCGAUGAAAAUUUACCAGCUUUACUUGAGGAUAAAUCCCUGGACUUAGAUGGAUCAAAAGCAAUUGAUGAUAUCGAUGAUGAUGAUGAAUUUGUAUUACCAGACGAUUUUACAGUUCCAGCAAUUCCAUUAGAUGAAGGUAUACAAGCUCAUAAGAAAGGUGAAUAUCAAAAAGCAUGGAAUUGUUUUGAAUAUCAUGCAAAAAAUGGUAAUACACUAGCAAAGUGUUGGAAAGGUCGUUAUUUAUGGGAUGGAUACCUUGACGGUAUUAAAGAACGUGAUGACGGUAGAAAAUUACUUAAAGAAGCUGCCGAUGAAGGACAUGCUGAUGCUCAGUUAUUUUAUGCUUUUACUUUAAAAAAGUCAAUGAAUGAAGGUAAAAAUAUAGACACGUUUAUUGAUUAUAUUACUAAAGCUGCCAAAGGAAAUAAUGAAGUUGCGCAAUAUAAUUUGGGUGAUAUAUAUAUGAAAAAGAAGGAAUUAGAUGGUUAAAAAUGGCUGCUUUACGUGAUAACACUAGGGCAAUUAAAUUACUAAAUGAAAAGGGAAUAAAAUAUAUUUAAUUUAUUAUUAACCGUGUUAUUAUUUUUUUUUU